AUGACUUUGAGGACGGUUCAGAAAAUUAUCAAACGUGGCGAAAAGAAGAAAAUGUUGCUAGCAAGCCUAAAACUGAGGAUUUGCAGGAACGACGAGUUCAUUCUGAACAGCAUCGCGAAAAGCCUGAACACAGCGCGUUCGUCGGUCCAAGCUAUAGUAAAAGAUGAACUAGGCCUUGGAAGCUACCGAAUGCUCACUCACAUCGACUGA